ACCCCUAGUUGUAGUGCUUAGUGCUGCGUUUACUAAAUUUUAACAUUUUCUAAAACAAAAAUAUAGUUAGAAAUGGCAACGAUAGAAGCUAAGAAGCCAAACAUAUUUCAGGAUGUCGUGCUUAACUUUGAAGAGUUGACCAAGCAGAUAGAUGUGUUUUUAAAACCACAGCCGGAAAAGGUCAAUGCUAUACAUAAGUUGAUUAAGGAAACAUAUUCUGUAAGCAUUAAUGGCAAUGUGCGUGACCAGGAAGACAUUUUGAACGAGCUUGUUUUGGAGGACAUGGAUGAAGAACAAAUCUGGCAGCAAUUGGAAAUCCGAAACGAUUUAGUUCUAAAAAAGCUCGUUCAACAGACUGCGCAAAUGACAGCUUUGCGGGAGCAUAUGUUGGGCAUUGAGCUUGAUGACGACGAUGAGGUAGACGAGGAAAGUGAGAAUAAAGUGGCGGAUAGCUCAAAUUCAAAGCUACCUUCAGAUUUGUCAGAGCCUCUUGGUAUUCAUGAUUUACGCUUAAAGUCUAUAGCAAAGCCAGUAGAGUCCAAAUUUAUAAAAAAGGGUAGGAAGUCUGUGGUAGAUGACACUUUUUUCAAAUUGGAUGAAAUGAAGCAGUUUUUAGAGCAGGAGGAUGCUAAAGAAUUAAAUAAACAGAAAAACAAAAAUUUAAUGACUGACGCUGACGUCAUUGACUACUUUAAAGAAGACUUUGGCCUAGGCGAUGGUUCAGAUGAUGAUGAAAAUGACAUCAAUGCCAACUAUGCAGAUUUUUUCGACAUAGAUGAAGAGCUCAAGGAACAAGAUCUUAAAUCGACGGAAUGGAAACACCUGGAUUAUUUUAAUGAAACAAAUAACGAAGCUGACGAUAAUUUUGAGAAAGAUGAAAGCUUUUGUGAUGCAGGAGAUGAUAAAGAUUCAAGUGAAAUCGACGAAACUGAGUUCAUCGUCCAAGGUGGACUGCAGCCUCCCGCUGAGUCAGAAUCCGAUGAUGAGUCUAAGAAAGGUGAGCCGAACUUUUCAGUUGAAGAGGAUGCUGACAAAGAAAGCGCAGUGAUAAUUAAAUCAUCUAAUGAGAUGAGAGAAGCACGCCUGUUUCAACGUAUCCGUGAUUAUGAAGAUGUUGUGCUUGGCGAGAAACCGUGGCAACUGAAGGGUGAAGUUCAGGCUGCGAAUCGUCCGCAAAAUUCAUUGCUAGAGGAGAUUCUCGAGUUUGAAUCCACGAGACGUCGUUCGGCACCUAUAACAGAGGAGCAAAAUCUUAGCAUCGAGGAUAUAAUUAAGCAACGCAUACGUGAUAAAGCAUGGGACGAUGUAGAGCGCACAAUACGUCCAUUAAUGACACCAGUGGAAUAUCGUAAGCAGCUGGUGCUAGAUCAAGAAAAAUCAAAGCAAUCGCUGGCUCAAAUUUAUGAACAGAAAUAUCAAAACGAAUUAGCUAAGUUAGAUCCCAGUCACAGUUCAGAUAACAGCACGACACUCGUACCGAAGGAGCAUCAAGAAAUCAAGAAAGCAAUGCGCAUCCUCUUUCUGAAGCUAGAUGCACUCUCGAAUUUCCAUUUCAUACCCAAGCCAGUGGCACCAGAGGUUAAAAUUGUGACCAACACUCCCGCAGUCCAUAUGGAAGAAGUAGCUCCGCUGUCUGCUAGUGAUGCAAAACUGCUUGCUCCGGAAGAAGUAUAUCGGGGGCCCAAGCAUACUCCAUUGGGUAAAUCAGAGCGUAGUCGCACUGACAAAAAUCGGGAGCGCCGAAAGAAAAAACAAAAGCAACGUGCCAUUAAUAGCGUCAUGGAAAUGCGCGAACAGAUGCAAGCUAAGCAAGGCAAAGCAUCUAUGCAACGCGAGUCGAAUGCCAAGCUACUUAAAACCAUAACCAAGAGUCGCAAUGUACAAAAGAUUACCUAUACCAACGAUCAAACUGCUCUUAAAUCUUCAAAGGCUUUCUUUUCAAAGUUGCAAGAUACGACAACAUCUAAGACGAUUUCGAUUGGAAAUAAACGGCCAAAGGACGCUGUAAAAGCCGAUGCUAAAAAGCUUAAGUUAUAAAUAUUCUUUAAGUAUUUCAUAACAUACAUAUAUAUGUAAGAUAUACAUUACAUUUUUAAAUAAGCCUAUUCACUUAGAGGGCACUCAAGUUUCGAGCUACGAGCUCUAUUAAAAGAGAAAGUGAACUUUGUACCCCCAUAACUAAACAUACUUUAAUUUAAGGGCACCACGGGUGUUACUAGAGCCCAGUUUAACAAAUGCUACAUAUUUGCUUCAAUGUGAUUCAAAGGACAUUCUAAAGUCUGAGUUUAUUAAACACGUGUGUUGAAGCAAGUGAGCUAUUAUUUACAUGUAUUCACAUAUUAGAUU